AUAGACAGUGACAGUUGAAAUCUGGACACACCGUAUUGAAAUUGACAAGUGGCUGAGCAAGAGAAAAAAUCGAAUCAGAACGAAAAUUUGCAUUUGUUUGACCUAACCAGACAGUAGUAAGGUCGCUACAAACACACUGCUUUUGGCAGGCAGCUCGUAAAGUUUUGUUAUUUUUUCGCAGAAUUCAAACGUUUUGAAUUCCAACAUAAAUUCCGUGUAUUUGAUAUACGCAGCGAAGAAAACAUUUGAACACAAUUGACUUUUGAUUCUGUCGAUAACAGAACAAUUCAGCCGUAAAAAUGUUGCGAACAAUUGUUGCACGAAACGAAAAUCUUCUCCGUGGCUCAUUGAAAAAAGUCACCAAACUGAAUGCCGUUCGUUGUUUGAGCUAUCGCUGUGCCGAAAAAUUCACAUCGCACAGAGCCGCUUCAAGCAUAAGUCAAAGUCGGAAUCUGCAGCCAUCAGUAUGGAAGGUGAAUUUUUGCCGUGGCUACUGCAGCAAUCUCCCACCGCACACCCGAGUUACAUUGCCGGCAUUGUCACCGACCAUGGAAUUAGGCACAAUUGUGAGCUGGGAGAAGAAAGUAGGCGACAAAUUGAAUGAAGGUGAUUUGUUGGCGGAAAUCGAAACCGAUAAAGCGACAAUGGGCUUCGAAACACCUGAAGAAGGAUACUUGGCCAAAAUUCUCAUAGAAGCCGGCCAAAAAGAUGUACCCAUCGGCAAAUUAGUGUGUAUUAUCGUUGAAAAUGAAGCCGAUGUCGCUGCAUUCAAAGACUUCAAAGAUACCGGUGCUCCUGCUGCCGCUCCAGCCGCUGCUCCAGCACCAGCAGCUGCCGCACCACCAACGCCAACACCACCACCAAUCGUUGCUGCCCCAGUGGCACCAUCCGCUCCACGCCCAAUGACUGCUGUCGAACAACGUGGCCCACGAGUCUAUGCUAGUCCCAUGGCAAAACGGUUGGCCGAAGCACAAUCAUUGCGCUUGGAAGGCCAAGGUAGCGGUGCCUAUGGAUCAAUCACAAGUAAAGAUCUUGGAUCAUUGUCAAGUGGAGCUGCUUCUGCUCCAGCUCCAGCCUCGAUUCCCGCAGGUGCUGCUUACAUUGAUAUUCCAGUUUCAAACACACGCACCGUUAUUGCCAAACGUUUGUUGGAAUCGAAAGUCACAAUCCCACAUUACUACUUAACUGUUGACAUCAAUGUGGAUAAUUUGUCAAAAGUCCGUGCAGAAUUCAACAAGCAAUUAGAAAAGGAAGGUGUUAAAUUGUCAUUCAACGACUUUGUUGUUAAGGCCACCGCUUUAGCAUCAAAGAAAGUACCUGAAGCCAACUCAUCAUGGCACGGCAGCUUCAUUCGACAAUACGAUUCUGUCGAAUGUUCGGUUGCUGUUGCAACUGACAAGGGUUUGAUUACACCAAUCGUCUCACAAGCUGACCGCAAAGGUUUAAUUGAGAUUAACAAAGCUAUUAAAGAGCUGGCUGCCAAGGCUCGUGACGGAAAAUUGCAACCCCAUGAAUUCCAAGGCGGUACCAUCACCGUAUCAAACCUUGGAAUGUUUGGCGUUACACACUUCUGUGCUGUCAUCAAUCCACCACAAUCGUGUAUUUUGGCCGUUGGUGGAACGCAACAAAGAAUCGUGCCAGACAAAGAUUCGGAGAAAGGAUUCAAACAAAGCGAUUUCAUUUCAGUAACAUUAAGCUGUGAUCAUCGCACAGUCGAUGGUGCAGUGGGUGCUCGUUGGUUACAAUGGUUCCAGAAGUUCUUAGAAAACCCACACUCGAUGCUUUUAUAAAUGCGACAGUAAAUAUUACCACCACAUUUUAAAUGUACAAAAAAUAAAAACUGCUUAUUUAGAAAAAAAGCAUAUAAUGAUGGCCCUGUUUUCAAUUGUUUUAGUCACGGCAAUAACCAUCCAGAAAAGAAAACUGCAUGUAAUAUCUAUUAAAACGAAACUGCAACGCUUCGAAAAUCUCUGUGUAAAUAAAAACGGAUAGCUAUUAGUUUAAUUGAUGUGUCUACAACGAAUAUAUCUAUUGACAGUGGGACAUUUGCAAGCUGAUUUCAUUUGUCGGCGCCGGAAUUUGUUAUUACGACGUUUGACGCUAAAUAUUGUGUAUUGUACAAUUCAUUUUAUUGUGUUCGUUGAAUGCAAUGUCGAAGCCAUCUUUUGAAAAUUAAAACAAAAUUAACUGAAACUAAAUCGGAAAUUAUAUUUCCAAAAUUGUUAUUCACAGAAAAUGCAAAAUAAAAUAUGAAUCGCGUACAAAUGUA